AUGGGCGUCGCGUUUAGCAGCCUAUGGAACUCGUUGUUUGGGCAACGAGAGCUCAAAAUAUGUAUUCUAGGUCUUGAUAAUGCAGGCAAAACGACGCUGAUGUACAAGAUGACGCUAGGGUCCGUCGUAGCCACGGCGCCGACGAUUGGGUCCAAUACAGAAACGUUUGAAUAUAAGAACCUCAAGUUUGUGCUCUGGGAUGUAGGCGGGCAGACAUCGCUGCGUACAAGCUGGGCGCAGUACUUGACUUCGACUGAUGCACUGAUCUUUGUCGUGGACAGCAACGACCGGGAGCGUGUAGCGCUCGCCCGCGCAGAGCUGCAUCGCGUCGCUGCCGAUGAGAACUUGACGCGGGCGCCGAUCCUCGUAUGGGCCAACAAGCAGGACGUGCGUGGAUCCAUGUCGCCCUCGGAAAUCUCCGACGCCCUCAACUUGUCGUCGUUCCGUGACCGGACAUGGCAGAUCUUUGGCUGCUCGGCGUUGACAGGCAAAGGACUCACAGCCGGCCUCGAUUGGCUCGCGACGACCUUGUCGAACAAGACAUAG